UGGUUCUCAGCUAAGCUAUAUUAGAGAUUUAGGGUUUUUCUUUCGUCUCUUCCGCCUCGAGCAAGGCAGACUGGCAGAGCUUUGGAUCCGUAAAACCUAUUCUAGCAAGAACAGUCACCCUCUCGCAGUAGAUCUAUUUACUUUUCUCCUUAUUGCCGAUUUCCGCGGUUACUCAAGCAAGCCUUCUUCUUUGCAACAGUAAACAGAACCCUGAACGAUGGUGCAAUACAACUUCAAAAAGAUCACUGUUGUCCCCUCUGGGAAGGACUUCAUUGACAUAAUCCUCUCCCGCACUCAGCGUCAGACUCCAACUGUUGUCCACAAGGGCUAUGCCAUCUCCCGCCUUCGUCAAUUCUACAUGCGCAAAGUGAAAUUCACUCAACAGAACUUUCAUGAGAAGCUCUCUGCCAUCAUUGAUGAGUUUCCUAGGCUGGAUGACAUACAUCCAUUCUAUGGAGACCUUCUCCAUGUCCUUUAUAAUAAAGAUCAUUAUAAGCUUGCUUUAGGCCAGAUCAACACUGCAAGGAAUCUCAUUGGUAAGAUUGCAAAGGAUUAUGUGAGGCUGUUGAAAUAUGGUGAUUCACUCUAUAGAUGCAAGUGCCUGAAGGUUGCUGCACUUGGCCGCAUGUGUACUGUGAUCAAACGUAUUGGUCCCAGCUUGGCCUACCUAGAGCAGAUAAGACAACACAUGGCAAGGCUACCUUCAAUUGACCCAAACACACGAACAAUCUUGAUUUGUGGAUAUCCAAAUGUUGGCAAGAGCUCAUUUAUCAACAAGAUCACCAGAGCUGAUGUAGAUGUACAGCCAUAUGCAUUCACCACAAAGUCUCUCUUUGUUGGUCAUACUGACUAUAAAUACUUAAGGUACCAAGUGAUUGAUACCCCAGGGAUAUUGGACCGUCCUUUUGAGGAUCGUAACAUCAUUGAAAUGUGUAGCAUCACUGCUCUGGCCCACCUUCGAGCUGCUGUUUUAUUUUUCUUGGAUAUAUCUGGGUCUUGUGGGUACAGCAUUGCCCAGCAGGCAGCUCUCUUCCACAGUAUUAAGUCUUUGUUUAUGAACAAACCGCUAAUUAUUGUCUGCAACAAGACAGAUCUGCAGCCAUUUGAUGGGCUUUCUGAUGAAGACAAGAAAUUGGUCAUGGAGAUGAAAGAUGAAGCUAUGAAAACUGUUAUAGGUCAAGGUGGUGAGGCUAUUAAUGAUGAUGGUGUGCUUUUGACUAUGAGUACCUUGACCGAGGAGGGAGUUAUGGCUGUGAAAAAUGCAGCCUGUGAGAGACUAUUGAAUCAACGGGUAGAAUUAAAGAUGAAGUCAAAGAAGAUGAAUGAUUGCUUGAAUCGUUUUCAUGUUGCAAUUCCAAAGCCACGGGAUCAGAAGGAAAGGCCAGCUUGUAUUCCUCAGGCAGUUUUGGAAGCCAAAGCUAAGGCAGUGACAGAAAAAGAGAAGAGGAAACUCGAAAAAGAGUUGGAGAGUGAGAAUGGUGGGGCUGGUGUUUACUCAGCUAACUUGAAGAAGAACUAUAUCCUAGCAAGUGAUGAAUGGAAAGAAGAUAUAAUGCCAGAAAUAAUUGAUGGUCACAAUGUUGCUGACUUUAUUGAUCCAGAUAUCUUACAAAGACUUGAAGAGUUAGAGAGGGAAGAGGGGCUCCGGCUUGAACAUGAAGCCGAUGAUGAUGAUUUUGAGAUGGAUGGAAAAGAGUUAACUCCAGAAGAGCAAGAAGCCUUGGCUGAAAUUAGGAAGAAAAAGAGCUUGCUCAUUCAGCAGCAUAGGAUCAAGAAGAGCACUGCAGAGAGUAGGCCCACCGUACCAAGGAAAUUUGAUAAAGACAGGAAAUUCACAUCAGAGAGGAUGGGGAGGCAGCUGUCUGCAUUGGGGCUUGAUCCCACUUCAGCCGUUAACCGGGCCCGCAGUAGGUCCGUCUCUAGGAGGGGCCGAAAGAGGGAGCGAUCACUGGCCAGGGAAGAUAGUGAUGUUGAUGCCAUGGAUAUGGAUGUUGACCAACCUGGCAAGAAGCUAAGGAUGAGGUCUAGAUCAAGAUCAAGGUCACGAUCACGACCACCUGGUGAUGUUACUCCAGGAGAGGGAUUUAAGGAUUCUGCACAGAAAGUCAAAGCUAUGAAACUUGCUAAGAAAUCUGUCAAGAACAGGAACAAGGAUGCUCGCCGGGGAGAGGCAGAUAGGGUCAUUCCAACUUUGAAACCAAAGCACUUGUUCUCUGGGAAGCGCUCCAUUGGAAAAACUAGCAGACGUUGAUAUAAUUUAAGGUUGCUAGAGGAGGCAGUAACCAUCACUUGGGAGAUUUCCUGUGUUGGGAUUUUCCAAUACAAUUUUGAAGCUGAGAAUAGGACCUAUUAUUCUUUUGGUGGGUUUUGGACCCAAGUCUAUGGUAAUAUUCGAUUGAGUGCUAUCAGUUCUUUUAACACUUGAAUGUUGGAGGAUGAUGAAUGUUGCUUUUUAUUGGUGUCUUUUAAUUGAUUUGAAUGUAAAAAAAGAAAGAAGAAAAACCAUAAAAAAAGAUAAGAAUCUGUGGCUUGUAGUUGGAAUUUUAUCUUUGACAUUUUGUUUGAUGAGAAUGGUUUCUGCAAUCUAAGUGCUAUUCCAUGAA